AUGGAUACUUCUAUUUCUCCACUCAAGAGAACGUUCUUAUCCGUUCAAUAUCCACUGUUUCUUCGCAUUGAAGAGAAACCACAACUGGCCCCUCCUCUAGAGUCUGAACUUAUCAUACGAAGUAUUGAUCAACCUUCACAUGAACCCAGCCCACCGUAUUCGUAUCUGCCUUCACCUCCACUCCGUGUAUCGACUAUACCACGAAACCAAAACAAUUCUUCUGGGGUACUGGACAGGGCUUCUUCUGUACCUGUGAUGCGAGAAAGAAAUGUGGACUCUGGACGUCUUAUUCAUAGUUGGAGUGAUCUAUCUCACCAUCAUGCACUAGCUGCUCGAACGGAACCCUCUGCUGGUGGCACGGGAUACCAGCAUCUGCAACAGAUCAAUGAGCUUUUUGCCCGUACUUGUCAUUCAACGGAAACUUUCGAUGACGACACCGUAAGCCCGGACCCAUUAAUGGGAAUAGCUUUAGGACCUCACCAUCCACCUUUUCCUAUAGAACCUGUGUCAGUUCACCCUAUUGAGCCGUCGUUCUUUCCUGAUCCGCUUACGGAGUUUAUGGAGGACCGAAUUAUUCUGUUUCGUCCCACCUGUUCUCAGAAUAAUGUCGAGAGUCUGUUGAACAAUACCCAUCCGUAUCAAGCUCAGCCGGAUGUAAAGAGGGUAGUAGAGGCAGAAGAGAGAAAUGCGUGGUCUAGAUGGCUCAAUUCUCGGGCCGUAGUCAAUUCUCCAGGUGUAGCUGCUUCCUUAGAUGCUGCUGCUUCUAAUGCUGCUGCUCCUAUUGGUGUUGAAGCCCGUGGUGUUGGUGAUCUUGCUGCUUCUUAUCCUGGGGGUGUCCUCUCCACAAAGUUCAUCUCCCAAUCCUAUGAUCCAAUCAAUUCCGCCAACGCCCUUUCGGGUACUCCAGGGUCAGAUGCACAAAGUUCUGUUUCUUUUCUUCCACGCAAUCACUCGCUGGAACCCCCCGUAUUAAACAUGGAUUAUACACCUAGAGCUGCCCCUUUAGCAGAUCUAUCAAAAGACAGCCCCACUACAGAAGUUGGGUGUGUCUGGUGCUUGUAG